UGGAGCUGCACUGCUCCUUUCGCUUUGCAGCGGGGCGGUUGCUGCCUAUUCAACCUCAUUAACUCACUGAGGGACCAGAAAAUGACCUCCCAAAGCACCCCUGAGCCCCCCAAAUGCUGCUGCUUCAACAUCAAGACAGCAACAGUCGCUCUAGGGAUCUUCCACAUGGUUAUGAGUGUUUUGCUGCUGAUUGAGUACUCCCUGGAGGUGACGGGCAGGAAAGGCUUUUGCAAAGACCUGGACAAGGAUUACUACAGAUUUGCUGAUGUCAUCACCAGUUUCCUGUUGAUCAUCAUGCUGUUUAUCAUCAGCUUCAACCUCCUCCUUGGUGUGGUGAAGAGGAGGGAACGUCUCCUGAUCCCAUUCCUUGCUCUGCAAGUCAUAGACUUUCUCCUCAGCCUCCUGACCAUGUUCAGUUCCUACAUACAAGUCCCAGCAAUCAUUUCUGUGUCCUCCCUCAGCCACAUGCAGGGGCACUCGAAGAUCCCUUUCCUGGCUCUGCAGCUGCUGGACUUCUGCCUGAGUAUUCUUACCCUCUGCAGCUCUUACAUGGAGGUCCCCACCUAUCUCAGCCUCAAGUCUUCAGACAAUGGGGGCUUUUUGCCAACCCUGGAGAAGUUACCAACAGAGGAGUAUGCCAAAGUGAUGGUCACCUUCACCAUUGCAUUCAUUGCUGUCCUCUUCCUGAAGGCCUAUAUGUUCAAAUGUGUCCUGAGCUGCUUUAAGUAUAUUAAAGCCAGUAAGAGAGAGGAGGUGAACAUUGACCCACAAGCAGUUGAAAAGGCUGUGCUGCCAUCGUAUGAGGAAGCCUUAGAGUUGCCUUUGAAGGAAUCCCCACCACCCUAUGUAACAAUCUAAGCUCUACUCAUGGAGAGAAGACAACGUCUGUAUUGCUGUUGGUGUCUCUUACCCCUUCUGUCAGAUAGUCAGCCUCAUUGAAAAGUCCUUACUGUAUAGUGGCAUCGUGCUUAUUACAAUCCACCUCACCUUAUGGGCCUAGGAAAAGUAGUGGUGAACCACUGGAGCUGGUAUAGAGCUGGUGCCUUGUUCUACACUGGCAGUUUUGACUUGGUACUAUCAAGCUGCAGUGCUAAUAUUAAUGAACUUGGGACCAGGCAUCACAGGGGUUCCCAUCACUGGCUAAUGUGAAGUGUGGGCACUGCCUGGAUCCCUUCUCAGGCUUUCCUUGUGCCAGCAAGAUGCUGGUUUUCAUCUGUCUCACAUCUAACAGUAGCUGAGACAUUUAGCAAGUGGAAUAGGGGGGAAAACAGGCAAAAACCUUUUCUCUGAGACAGUCCAUCCCCAAAGCUCUGCUACCCAGCAUCUUUUAAUGAGGACCCUACAGGAUACAGGGCUCAGCAAAAGACUGAAGAUCUCAAAUGAACUAUGAUGCAGCUCUCAUCCUUUGUCUGCUUAUGAUGAUGAUGAUUAAUAGCAUACUCCAGACUAUACUGGAACCAUCACAGGUUGCUCUGCUAUUUUAUACCCAUUUGCUUCUUGGUUUUUUUUGCUUUUAGUUAUGACUUGAAAGAUGAGUUUCAAUUAAAGAACCCCAAAGUUAAUGGCUUCAAUACUUUGCUGUCUGACUUGUGAAGGAUGCCUUCCUUGCUGUCUGAAGUAUGUUGCAAGGAAGCAAUAGUUUGCUCUCUGAAAAAUAAAUGAACAUCAAGGCACAACUACAA